GGGCUAUGGAGGCCGGAAGGACGGCGGUGCUCCGAGUGAAGCGGAAGCGCAGCGCGGAGCCUGCCGAGGCUCUAGUGCUAGCUUGUAAACGCCUCCGAGGCGCCGAGGAGGGGUCGGCCGCUCAGAAGACUCCCGAGUGUCUGGAGAGCACGGCGGAGAACAAUGUCUUCCAGCUGGUGGCCACCGUGCGCUCCCAGGAGGAGCCACUUCAACCCCUCGUGCGGGCUGCCCUUCGCCCUUCCCGGGACAGCCAGCAGCGCAUCCGCCGCGAUCUCCGCGCCUCAGCUCGGGAGGUCCGCAAAGAAGGCCGCUACCGGGUGGUCUCCAGCCGCCGGGCCUCCGGGACCUCUGGCAAUCUGGAAAGCCAGUGCGCGCCAGAAGCUGCCGAGGAUGCAGGCUUCGAGCUGUUGGACCUGAUCCACGAGGAGAAAGACCCAGAAGGUGUUGUCACGGAUUCCUGCACAAUAGCUGACCCAGAUGUGAUUCUCUGCAAUUCUGUAGAGUUAAUACGUGAGCGGUUGGUUAUAUCUGAAGAUGGACCAGAAGUUGGGCGCCAAGAACAGAAACAUGAAGACUAUGUGUAUGACAUUUACUACUUAGAUAUGGCCACUCCAGGAUGGAUUGAGAACAUUCUUUCUGUGCAGCCCUAUAGCCAAGAGUGGGAGCUGGUGAAUGAUGAACAACCAGCAGAGGACAUUUAUGAAGAUGAAGAUGAUGAGAACAGUGAAAAUAAUUGGCGCAAUGAGUACCCAGAGGAGGAGAGCAGCGAUGGAGAUGAAGAUUCCAGAGGUUCUGGCUCUGAUGACUCCAACAGCCUCAGUGAGGAGGAAAGAGACUUCAAUGUGCGACAGGUGUGGAGCAAGUACCCUUUGGAUGUACAGAAGGCGUUUGACUAUGACAACCCCCAGGACCUGGAUUCAGAUUGACUUGUAAUAUCCAUGUAGUUCUUCCAUAGACUCUUGAGGGAUUGGACCAAUGUCAAGGCCUGGUGACAUCCUUUUGGAUUUCUAAUCCUUUUGGAUUUCUAACUGAACAUAUGGAGGGAAAAAGCAUACCCAGUAACAGGGAAAACUUAACCUAAGAGAAUGAAUUUUUUCCUCUCACAGUAGAACUCGUUGGCUUCAAUCAGAGGUGAUCCUACAAUGGGAGAAAAAUGCUAUAAAAAUGAAAGUUUCUUUCACUUCCUGGUGUAGGUUUCUUUUUCCCUAGUACAAGUCUGUGCUGAAGGCCAAAGGAGAAGCAGUAAGGUUCUUCUGCCUCUAGUGAAAGCCCAUUCACUCUGAUGAAGGGGCUGGAAAAGAACUAUGUAUAGUACAGCCCAGGUAGCAGCAGCUGUUAGGGGAAAAAGUAGACUCUGUCUGAACCAUGAGGUUUUAGUAAACAGUCAUCUCUUCUUCCCUUCUUGGGAUUCUGACAAUGAUAAACAGAUUAUUGUCAUCUUUUGGCAGUGGUGCCAAGGAACAAUAUGUAUUAAUGUGAUAUUCAGUUGAAUAAACACUUUUGGGGGGGGCUUGAACUCAGCAUGUGGGUGCUGUCCCUGAGCUUUUGCUCAAGGCUAGCGCUCUACCACUUGAGCCACAGUGCCAUUUCCAGCUUUGUCUGAGCAAUUCAUUAAAACCAGCUGGGGCUGGUUUCAAACUAUGAUCCUCAGAUCUCAGCCUCCUAAGUAUCAAGGAUCACAGGCAUGAGC